CGAAACAACGUUCACAUACGAGAUAGAAAACUGACGCAACUCUUUUCCAGCGGCUAUCUUAAUGUCGGCAAUGUUCUCAACAAGUCGAGGCCUUGUACUUGGCCGCUAUGAGAAACUCGAUAGAGACGAAACCGAGGAGCUCGACCAAUCUUCCGACGGAGCUUCUACAGUAAAACCCGGAUCCGGAGGAUUUCGCAGCCCCUGUAUCCGCAUUACUCUCUCUGUUAUUAUCGCCCUCGAAACAGCAGUCUUGGUUUUCGUCCUUCUUACUGCUAUGCCUUAUUCCGAGAGCGCCGUCCACGUUCCAAGGCCUCUAGAUUCCAUCGGUAAUGGCAGCGAAAUUUUCUCCGAGUGGAUUGACUGUGGCCAGUCCUUCUCGGAGGCACGCAACCGAGGCUGCGUCUGGGACUUGAUGCUUGGACUUUGGAUACACGAAUCUUGUUUUAAUGGCGUGAUGAUGGACCGGUACCUCCGUGAGAGGAACCAUUCGUUCUACUACGACAGGGAAUUGACGCAAGAAAUGUCAGAGGAAGAGGCACGAAGGGGAGAGGUUGUGCUAUGGGGUGAUGCUGGUUUCCACCAUCGCCACUUUGUGCUGGCUUUAAGGAUGGAUCCUACCUUUAGCCAGUGCGGAUUUCCGAAGGCUUAA